AUGGAGGUCAAGAGAAAAGACCAAAUGGAGCCCCAUGAUUGGAUGUGCUCGACUGCUAGAGUUAUCCCACAAAGCAGCACAGAAUUCACAAAGCAAUCUUGUGGCACAACAGCGUAUCCAAGACUAUGCUAUACUUCCCUCUCAAUCCAUUCAAGCACAAUCCAAACCAGCCCUAAGCUCCUAGCCAAUGCAGCCCUUAAUGUCAACACUGUCAUCAACUAA